CUCUAAGCUUUUAAAAUUACGUCUUUAACCCUACAACGGCACUACCGUUGCAUAUCCAGGAGAGAAAGUGAGCCCUUGGAUCAAUAAAAGGCCAUAAUCAAAAUUCCCCAUUUCCUCGAACGACUGUCGACUCUGGUCAAUCUCUCCUUCUGCAGUCUCCGCCGAUCGGACCUUUCAACCCUAUCUUCGUUAAGGAGUAAUCUAGAUUUUAUUGAUGGGAACAUCAUCUGGUUCUAACAUUAACCACCAGUAUUCAUCCAAGAUGUUGCCCCCACGUCAACAACCACGACCAGGGAGCUUACAAACUUCAUUGUCCUUGGUCUCCUCAGAUCCUCGCUUGUCACCUGAUAUCCAAGAACCUAGAUCAAACUCAGAUAAUAUUCAUGAGUCUCCUACUGAGAGUGCUAGUUCACGAGAGACUUGGCCUACUGCUGAUGCUGUCACAGCAAAGAAGAUGGAAAAUGGAAAAACUGAAAAUGAUUGCCAUGAGCAUUCUGUCAUUCGUCGUGUUUCUAGUGCUGAUAAGAUAACUCUUCAUGACAUUGCAAGAGAAAGAGUUGAUGUUAUCUCUGAAAAGAUGCAUCACCUACCUGAUGAGUUUCUAGAUGAGCUAAAGAAUCAACUCAAGGCUAUUCUGGAAGGUAAUGGUGGUUCACAAAACAGGGAAGAGUUUUUGAUUCUGCAGAAGCUUGUUCAAAGUAGAUCUGAUUUAACUGCAAAGACAUUGAUUAGAGCGCACCGGGCACAGCUUGAAAUCCUUGUUGCAAUAAAUAUGGGAAUUCAGGCUUUCUUGCAUCCAAACAUCAGUCUAUCCCAAACUUCUCUCAUUGAAGUUUUUGUGUACAAAAGAUGCAGAAAUAUAGCAUGUCAAAACCAGCUACCUGCAGAUGACUGCACCUGUGAUAUAUGUGCCAACAGGAAUGGUUUUUGCAAUCUUUGUAUGUGUGUUAUCUGCAACAAGUUUGAUUUUGAAGUAAAUACCUGCCGCUGGAUUGGUUGUGAUUUGUGUUCCCACUGGACUCAUACUGAUUGUGCUAUUCGUGAUGGGCAAAUUUGUAUGGGUCCUGUUAAAAGUGGAGCAGGUCCUACUGAAAUGCUUUUCCGCUGCCGAGCUUGCAAUCGAACAUCCGAGCUGUUAGGUUGGGUUAAAGAUGUCUUCUCACAUUGUGCUCCAGCCUGGGAUAGGGAGGCUCUUGUGAGAGAACUUGAUUUUGUCAGUAGGAUUUUUCGUGGAAGUGAUGAUCCCAGAGGGAAGAAACUCUUUCGGAAGUGUGAGGAUCUUUUAGAAAAAAUGAGGGGUGGACUAGCAGAGUCCGCAGCUUGCAGAUCAAUAUUACUAUUUUUCCAAGAGCUUGAUAUGGAUUCUCCAACAAGCCUGGAAAAUGGGGAAAGUGGGCGGUUGAUAGCACCACAAGAGGCAUGCAAUCGAAUUGCAGAUGUAGUGCAGGAGGCCAUUAGGAAGAUGGAAAUGGUAGCUGAUGAGAAGAUGAGGAUGUACAAAAAAGCUCGCUUGGCUCUUGAUGCUUGUGACCAGGAGCUCAAGGACAAGGCCAAGGAAGUAGAGGAACUGAAGCUGGAGAGACAAAAAAAGAAAAUGCAGAUAGAAGAGCUGGAGAGAAUUGUAAGGCUUAAACAAGCAGAGGCAGAUAUGUUCCAGCUUAAGGCCAAUGAGGCAAAACGAGAGGCUGAGAGGCUUCAAAGAAUUGCUCUUGCGAAGUCAGAUAAAUCGGAGGAAGAGUAUGCUAGCAGUUACCUGAAACUUCGCUUGAGUGAGGCAGAGGCUGAGAAGCAAUAUUUGUUUGAAAAGAUAAAGCUGCAGGAGAGCUCACGUGCAUCACAGAGCAGUAGUGGAGGCGAUCCUUCUUCACAGGUGUUGAUGUUUUCCAAAAUCCAUGAUCUGCUCAAUGGAUACUCCAAGACAGAGGCCCAGCCAAAUGAGCACCACAGUUUUAGAACGAAUCCCUAAUGAUAUCUGAAUGGGACGUUAUUUAUUGAAGCAAAAGCUGUGCGAGUUAGAAUAUGUUGCUUUGCUGGUAAAUUAGAGUGUUAAGAUUUGCUACUUCAUUUAAUCUAUGAACCGUCAAUCAAUGUCAGUUAUUUUAUUAUCUUGUAAAAGCAAUUGGUAGAAGUUAAUUAGGUUUCUUUUGUAAAUUAUCAGGGUGAGUAUCAUAAUAUGUUGUCCUUAUGGGUGAACUUACUCUUCUGUGGCUGUUAUGUUCAAUGAGAAUGCUCCGGCUUCAUGUA